AUGGGUCCGAUCCUGGGACCCGCCUGUGGCGGAUGGAUGUCUGAGCGCGCCUCCUGGCGGUGGACUUGCUGGGUUCCGGCCAUUUGUGCGGCCGUGCUAGAGAUCGUCGCCUUUUUCUUUCUCCGCGAGACGUACAUCCCUACCCUCCUCAAGUGGAAGCUCACCCGACUCAAGAGGAACGACAGAAAUAACAAAAGGUACACUGUCCUCGAUCUUGCGAAAACAAGCCCGGAAGGUCACAUCCUCUCUGACUUGGCGUCUGCAACCGCCCGUCCUGUAAUGUACCUCGCUCUUGAUCCUGCCUUGCUCCUUUUAUCGGUAUAUUUCUCCUGCAUCUUUGGAGUGCUCUAUCUCGUCGUCGUUACAUUUUCCUUCGUCUUUGGCAAAGGGUACGGCCACUCUGCAGGGAUCGUAGGAAUCGACCUUCUCGCCGAGGGCGUCGGCGCCAUGAUCGGCAUGUUCGCCACCACGAAGCUUCUCAACGCCAUCUACAGCAGACAGAUGAAAAAGGAGGGAAAGCCCUACAAGGCCGAGUCUCGUCUCGUCGCCGGGUUCCCUGGCGCUCUGCUCGUGGCAAUCGGUCUCUUCAUCUACGGCUUCACGGCUCUCAAGACACAUUUCAUCGUGGUGGGUAUCACAUCCGUCGCUGCGUAG